AUGCCACCAGUUCUUAUGAAUGUAGAUUAUAUGAGAAAAAAGAAAAGAGCAUAAUCAGCGAAACCAGAAGAAACAAUAUAAAGAGUCUUAAAACAAUUCAGUGUAAGUCCAUAGAGAUUUAGAUUUACAAAAUUUAAUCAUAAAAAAUUAGGUGUAAUUCAUCCUAUACCAACUAAAUUAUAAAAAGUCAAAACACAAACAUCAAUUCCUUAACCUGCAACUUAUCAAUAUGGAGAUAAAGAAUUUAUGGAAGUUUAAGGAAAAAAAUGUCCAAUUACUGAUGUAGAACCAGAUAUCCAUUAUACUAAAAAUGAUAAAAAAUAGCUUGAUGAACAUUUGGUUUAACCAUUUUUUUAUGUUCAAAAAUUAUUUCCAAAAGGAGGACAAUCAGUGUUAGAACAUGAUGAUGUAUUUGUACCAUUUUAAACUUUAAAAUAAUCUAAGAGAAAAAGAAAAAUAGUAGAUGAAUAAUAUAUUAAAAUAUUAAAAGAAAUGAAAAAAGAAGAAAGAUAAUAAUUUUACACAAAAGGAAUUGUAUUACUAUUUCAUUUAUAUUUAUUAGAGAAUAAAUGUUGAAUAUGCAAUGAUAUUUAAAAGAUUUAUGAAAGGAUUAAUAAAAAAAGGAUGGUAUGAUAAAGAUUACAAGUUUUCUACUGAAAAUCCUAAAAUUCAUAAAAAAGAAUUAAUAAGAUAAGCAUAAGAAAUGGGAUUGACUAUUUAAAAGUAACCCUAAAUCUUAACUUCUCAUUAAUAAAUUGAAAAUUUAUAAAAAAAGAAAAGAGAAUCAAAAAAGAAAAAACAAAAAUAUAUUUAAAUUUUGAUUUCAAAAGAUAAUAUGAUUAAGUUUCUAAAAUAAUUUUGUUAUGAUGAGAAUGCUUUAAAAGCUGAUGUUGAUAUAUUAUUUUUAAAUGUUUAAAUGGGAAAUUCUCCAAAAGAUAUGCUUUUAAUUAAACUUGCAAAUACAGAUCAGUUUUUAUUAGAUUUGAAUGCCUUUCUUCAUAAUGCUUAAAAAUAUUUCAAACUCAAAUAUAAGAUAAAAAAUUUAUUAAGUGUUAAUGCAGCAAAAUAAAGAAAUGUUUAUAUCAAAUUUUCACUCUUUCCAUUUUUAGGAGAAGGAUGGAAAGCAUUUAAAGUUUGUCUUAAAUAAUUAGAAAACACAGAAAAAUUAAUACUUUAGAAAACUAAACUUUAAUAAUACAAUGAUUUAAUUUAAGAAAGAGAUAAUCUCAUUAAUAUCAAAAGAGUGUGGUCAAAAAAUUUAUAAAGAACACCGCUAUAAUAUAUUUUAUUAAAAUUUUAAAAAAUUAAAGAUAUCUAUGUUAAUGCAAUUAAUUAUAAUGCUGAAAGAAUUGAUUUUUUUAACUAAUUUUAAAUAGAUUUGUUUUUAUAUAAAGAAUAAAAAGUAGAUUAAAUUAAUAAUUCAAGAUUCUUUUAAAAAUAAAAUUUAUCUGGCAUAUCUUUAGAUGUAAGGACAAUUAAAUUAGAUGAAGUUGUUGAAUUUUUAGUUGAAAAAUAAUUUACAAGAGAAGAAAGUGAUUAAAUUAUCGAAAUUUUUGAGAAAAUAUUAAAAUAUUAUGGUUUAAAAAAAGCUCCUAGAAAAUCUAAAUGGUAAUUAGCUCCUGAAAUUGAACCUAAUAAAAUCUUAACUUAAUAAUAAAUUGUUGAAUAUUUAAGUUAUUAUUCUUAAAAAUAAUUUGAAGAGUGGAAAAUUUUUAAAUCAUUCAUUGAAGAUUUCCAUAAAUUUCAAAUAAAGAAAAUUAAUUUAUCUGAAGAUCGACUCUAACAUGUAAGAUAAGCUUGGGAAUGUAAUAUUAUUGGAGAAUGGUUAAUUAAAAAAUUGAGAAAACUUGAUAAACAGAUUUCAAUUUUAUUAUUUAAGAGUUUAGAAGUUUGUAAACUAAUAGAACAUGGAAAAGAACUAACAGAUUAAAAUAUUUUAUAAGCAAUAGAAUAAGAUGGAAAAUUUUCUUAUGAUAAAUUUGUUAAUGAGAAAACUUAAUAAAAUUUAUAAAAUAUUAUAAAAUUAGGAGAAAAAUUAUAAUAAUAAUAAUAAUCAAAAUCAAUUAGCAGUGAUGAUUGGGAUGCUGAUUUAACAAAAGCUAUUUCGAAUUAUCAAGUAAUUAGCACAAAAUUAUUUUAAAAUCAAUAAAAAAUUUAACAAAGUCAAUCCAAUUUGAAAGAAUCUCCAAAACAAUAGAAAGUUUAACCUAUUCAUAAAGAUUAGAUUGUUUCAGCAGCAAAUUUUAUUGAUGAUAGAUCUAUCAUCCAAGAUUAGUAAUAAGUUUAAUAAUAACCUUAAUAAACAAUUAAAAGUCCAAAAAUUGAAUAGUAAAAUUCUACCUUUUUAACUGUUCCAACUAAAACAACUUAAUAAAAUAAUCUUUUAAAGCCAGGAUUGACUCAUGAUACAAUUACAAAAUCUAAUUUAUCCUCUUCUACUCAACUAACUGAAGCAGAAUUAGACAUGAAAAUUUAAAAUGCUAUGAGAUUAUAAAACAGAAUUUUUUCUGAAUUGGGAAAGUAAAUAUUAAAUAUUAUCUUAGCAUUAAAGAUCUCUCCUUUAGAAGUUAAAAGUGA